AUGGCCUGGAAUGAGCGGAGGAAGAUGCACUUCAUACUCGUGUCCUCGAUCUUCGUCCUCUGUGCUCUGGGCAUGUGCGCAUCAAUGAUCACCAUGUCCCCAUCCGAGUAUCGGAGAAACUGGCUAGUCUUGAUGACCAUCCCCGUCUGCUGUGUGAUGCUUGUAGGGAUAUCCGUCAUGCUCAUUGGGAACGCUGGGCGUGAGAACAGCGACCUUGUGACCCCCAUCUCCCUUGAGAAGCAGGAUGAGACCAGUCGUGUGUGGGCUCCGUGCAGGUACGACACACUGGAUUCAAUCUGUCCUCAAUUUUGCUGCUUCCGCAUAGAAAAGGGGAAGAGGCCCAAAUGGGAGCUGUCUCGACCCGCCCUGGAGCUGCAGACGACCCUGUUUGCCGCACAGGCCGCGUCCUUGUCAACUUGCUUAUGUUGCCUCGACGACUUCCAGCCAGCAAGCCACGUCGCGCUUCUACCAUGUGGCCAUGUCUUCCAUGAAGAGUGCAUUGCGUCGUGGUCGGUGUCUUCUGCUUCGGAAUCUGCAAGAUCGUGUCCCGCAUGCCGGACAAAGUUCGACGAGGAUUCGGUUCCUGUGUAA